AGAGAGGCAUGCAUAAAAGACUCAGAGAAGUGUGUGUGAUGCGGGGGAUCUUCAGUGCAUUUCCGCAGUGCUCAGCGUAAGGAUUUCUACCCCCAGCCUCUCACGCUGAUCCAGCCUCCAGACUCUCCCUCUGCUACACAGAAAACUCCAGGCAAAGUUGAAAUGAAGACCCAUCUGCUUCUUCUGUACCUCAUGGCUUCAGCGAUUGUCAUGUGUGUAAGAAGCAAACCUCAUGCAAAACACCGUGGCAUAUCCAAACAUUCCCAGACUCCUCAGGAAAAGGAUUCAGACCCUGAGGAACCAAAUGAGGGGAAAGGUUCCAUUCUACCCACUUUUCUCCCAUUUGAGGCCAGCAGCCAGGAGCAAGAAGAUGAGGAGGUGAACAAUGAGGGAGUGCAGGCCAGCGAGGUGGUGGGCUUUGGGGAGGAGGAGGAGGAGGAGGAGGAGGAGAACAAGGAGAGUGGCACCCCUGUGCUCCUGAGCGAAGAGGCACUGGCUCGCCUCCUGCAGGGCUCUGAGGAGGAGGAGGAGGAGCAAGAGGGCCAGGAAACCCAAGAGGGGGAGGCAGCAGUCAAGGAGAGUGAUGAGGGAGAGGGUGAGAGCGAAGGAGAGGUGAACAAGAAAGAGGGCGAGGAGGAGAAUGGGGAGAAAGAAGAGGAGGAAGCAGAGGGCCAGGAGGGUGUGGUGGAGAAAAGGGUGGAAGAGGAGGAGGAGGAGGAGGACGAGAGCGAAAGCAGCACAGAGUCUGAGAACCGGGUGGAUUUAGAUUAUGCCAGCGACAGUGAUGGGUCAGAACCUCUGGAGACCAAGCUGGAGGAGGCCACACCCCUAACCAGUGGUAGUGACAGUGACCAGAACCAGCCUGAGAAGGAGAAGGAGGAGAAAGUAGAGGAUCAGGAACAGGAUGGCGAGGAGAUCCCCGCUGUCAUGGCCGACUACGACCCCGAGACUGCCGGUGAGGACGCUGAGAUGCCCCCGAAAAAAGAGAAGGAGGAAGUGCUCAAAGACAAAACACAAGAGAAGGACGUGUCUCCUGACAAGGAAGAAAUGAUCGACAACGAACAAGGAGACAGCGAUGGUUCUGAGCUUCUUCAAGAGGCCAAGAACAGCAUGGAGUUCAGAGCAGCACGCCUGCCGGGAGGUGAGGGAGACAAGCAAGAGCAGCACACCAAUGACAGCGGCAGCCACACCAAGGGCAAGGGCAGGAAGCACAAGAAGAACCAGCGGAAAAGGAAGGGGCAGAUGCAGGGGGAUCAGCCCAUCCCAGCGGAGCCCGCCAACCCCGGGCACAGGCAGAUGCUUGGGCAGGAGAAGACACCCGACACCACUGACAACACCGUCCAGAGGCCUAAAAGAAGGAAGUCUGGGAAAUGGGCCCCUAUGAUAGGGAUGAACCCAGUUCAAAUCAGGGCCACAGUGGAGCUCUACCCCAGCCUGAGGCCACCCCCAACCCUGCCAGGGCAGGGGGUAGAAACCAAUCCCUGUGAAAAUGUCAGAUGCAAACGUGGAAAAGUCUGCAAAGUCAACGAAGACGACAAACCUGUUUGUGUAUGUCAGGAGGCCGCAGACUGUCCCACCAGUGUCACUGAAUUUGAUCAUGUUUGCGGGACAGACAACAAGACCUAUGACACAUCUUGCCAGCUGUUUGCCACAAAGUGUAAUCUUGAGGGGACAAAGAAAGGACACAGGCUUCACCUAGAUUUCACUGGAGCUUGUAAAUUCAUCCCACCGUGCCUGGGAACCGAGCUGGCUCAGUUCCCCCUGCGCAUGCGCGAUUGGCUGAAGAAUGUGCUGCUGCAGCUCUUUGAACAUGACACCAUGUCCCCUGGCUUCCUCACCCCCAAGCAACGAGCCAGGGUACAGAAGCUCUAUGAGAGUGAGAGGCGGCUGCAUGCAGGAGACCAUCCAAUUGAGCUCUUGGCCCAAGACUUUGAGAAGAACUACCACAUGUACAUCUACCCUGUGCACUGGCAGUUUGCACAGAUGGACCAGCAUCCCACAGACAGAUAUCUCUCCCACUCAGAGCUGGCCCCGCUCAGAGUCCCCCUGGUUCCCAUGGAGCACUGCACCUCAGACUUCUUCCAGCAGUGCGAUGCUGACAAAGACAAGCAGGUGUCCUUCAAAGAGUGGGGUCACUGCUUCGGCAUCAGGGAUGAGGACAUGGACACUCACCUACUGUUCUAGUGACCUGAAGUACCUCCUGCAUUGGGAGACAGCUUUAGUAGGAUUUGUCCAACUGGUGCUGAGCAGAGAGAAAUCAAGCUUCUCUGACUGUGAACUGUAAAGGGGGAGGCAUUGCAGAGUCAAGGAAGAACGUGUGCAGAGUUCCUCUUGAUACUGCGUUUCCUCUUACAUGGAUUGAAUGGGAAACAUGUGGGGUUUUUUAUGGGAAAGUUUAUCUAUACAUGAGUAUGUUGUAUGAUGCAGUAUGUAGUCAUAGCUAGUGAUGAUUUUUGUAAUUAAUGUGCUCUUGUAUGCCUAACCAUUAACGACGAUACUAUGCAUGUUACAAACACAUUCCAAACGGGGAAAAGUUUACAUUUUGUUCAUAUUAGAUGGUAUGAAGUAUUAAUUAUUAUGUUGGAAUAUCAUGUUUGAUCAUUCCAUAGGGUGCUUUCACAUCACUGCUUUAAAUAAAGGCAGAACAUGAAAUGGCACUAAAAAUAGUUAUAAACAAAUGAAGAUCAAAUCGAUUACUGUGAGUUACAUAACAGCACACCAAAAUGAGUGUUGUUUUGCUCUGUAGUGUAAAGUGCCACAGGUGAUUUUAUAUGUCAUGUCUGAUGCUUCAUUAACACUUCUAAUAAAAGCCUUUGAAUGUGAGUGUGAA